AUGGCGCACCAAGCGACCGAAAAUGAUUCGGAGUCAUGGAAUCCGGCGUUACGGCCGGAGAAGAACAACUCUCCUGUUACGAUGAGCUCGACCCAGAGUGCGAUGUCGGAUCCGAAUGCGGCGGAUGAGCGAAAGGACGGGUCCCUAGAUGAAGUUAUAUCUCCACAGAGCGAGGAUUUCUCUGCGUGGGAUAUGUCCGACGAGGUAGACGCGAUUCCGCCUCAACACACGAGCUUGGACGAGGUAGUGAACAAUGCACCACCGGUGGUGGACCAGGCCGCGUGUCUAGACACUGAUUCCGCUGAAGAGACCUGUCAAGUCCCAGAUCAGACAAUUGAAACGGCUCAUACAACUGUUGCGCCAUCUAUUCAGAGCGCAGAUGCCGUCCUAAAUCCCGCCCUGCCAGAAACCCAGCCCGCAGAGCCAGUUCAGGCCGAAACACCUUCAGUCCAAUCUGGUCCCACCACUAUAGAUGCGCGACCAUCUGUUCAAACCGAAACCUCAGAUACUGCGGAACAAGGAAGCACCCCGGAGUCGAAAUUUGUGACGGAGACUACACCUUCAAGAGAGGAGCAACCAACGGUGCCCGAAUCUACCUUGGACGCUUUUAAACAUGAAUAUACCACUCAGUCCACCACUACCGAAGAACUGUUCUCACAAGCAGACGAGGGAAUGCCGAUUCUGAGGAUCCCUGGGCCACCUUUGAGAAGGACCUUAGCAAUACGCUGCCCCCCCACCGAAGAGGCUACCCCUCCUAGCAAAAAUUUCCAUACUAUCCCAGACGUUGCCUCAACCUCUACUCAAAUUCAGGACAGCGAUGAGCCAAAGUUUGCUGAAGAAGCUAUACGUCCAUCGCCAGAGGAAGCAGCAUUUACGGGUGCUGAUGUCUUCAACUCCACUGGAAAGGUCAUCGCUCCAACCGAAAAUGAGCAACUGGAUGUCGUAUCUCGCUCUACAAAAGUUGAAUCUGAGAAUACCGGUUCACCACCUCCUGCCGCGGAGGCCUUUGCACCGGCCAACGACGCCCAUCUAGACCUGGCCGCAGGGGACGUGGAUACAACCACUCAGGAUCAACCUUUCUGGAAAAACGAGCCGAGCGGUGAAGUCGAAUCCGAUGACGGCUUCUUUAACCAAUUGAACAGCCAGACGAAGCCUAUCUUUGCGCCGCCAGAAGCCGAGUCUAGGUUUGAGGAAGGGGUCCCAUUGUUAGAUGAGUCUACACCAGCUUCGCCUCAGCAACCACUGGAACAGGGAAAAUCAAUCGACAACGUAUUUUCCAACGAUGAUGACGACGCGGAUGGUUUCUUUAGCUCGGCUUCGAAGCCAGAGGCUAAGAACGACGAUGAGGAUUUCUUCGGCUCCAUCUCUAAGGAAGAUGCUGAGGAGCAACCCGUCGUUCAUCUCGAACGAAAGAGCACGUCUCAGGUGUUGGAGUCGGCUGGAUUUGCUCUAGACUCCCCGGUUAGUGACGCUUCGGCUGCAGCGCAGUUUGAUGAUGCACUGAAGGCUGCGUCGUUGGAGCCCCAAACAACAGCCGACCCAUCGGAGGAAGAGCUGGCGGCACGGUGGGAAGCUGAGCUAGCCGAUUCACCGGAUGAUGAUCUGGCGGCUCGUUGGGAGGCGGCGUUGGACGAUGACGAUAUACUGCUAGAGACUGAAGCCGCCCAAUCUGUCCCUGCACAGGGGCACAUUGAUCAAACACCUGUUCAAUCUACCAACAAUGGUUUCUCAGCUGGCUUGAACAGUCCGUUCCAGACCCCUCAGGCCUUUUCUCAGCCAAUCCCUGUUCCUAACAUGUACACACCCCACCAACCGUCCACUGGUGAUCUAUUGCAGGGUGUUCCUCUUCCAGGCACUGCGCCGCCAUCCACCGGAGCGAUAUCAUCAUACUUCUCGCAACCACCGCAGAACCCUGCGGCAACCCGGGAGAGAGCUUUGCUGAACGGUCAAAACAGGGCUACAAAUCUCCUUACGACCUUCCAGAUGAUAUCUCCCGACCUCGAAAGCCGGUCGUUACCCAAAAGCCUGUUCCUCCAACAGUCACUAGUAUGCCCCCACCUCCUCCUCCUCCAGGUGCUUCUGCUCCUGGCUUCCCCCCUCCAGCGGCUCCCCCCUCAGCCGUGGUUGCCCCCCCCUGCAGCGAAGAAUUUCUACGAGGAACUUCCUCUGGCGCCACCAAGGUCUAGGCCUGCCAGCUCAGGUCGGUACACCCCUAAUCCGCAGGCGGCGCCGACGAUGACCGGGUCGCUCAAUAUGCUCCCGCACCACCAGCUGCACAGCCUAUCACGCUCCCAAUUCAAUCCACACUUCAACCGCCUGACCAGCUGGAUCCGUAUGCUAGCCUUGCAUCGAGUGCCCCGGCGGGACCUCCUGCUGUUGCAAGAUAUUCUCCUCAACCUCCUGGCUUGCAAGCACCCUCGAAGCCGCCUUCGUUGCCGAGAUAUUCCCCCUGCGCCCCCUCCUACCUCUUCCGCUCGCAAUCGUUAUGCCUCGCAGCCACUUAAUGUCCCUGGCCAAAAUUUGCCUUUCCAGCCACGGACGUCGAGUCCGCUUGCACACCAUGAAAAGGUUUCUUACCAGCCUGAUCAAUCACACAAGCCCCCAUCUCUCGAGCCCGCGAUCAAUCUUUCUCCCCCGCGCGGGCAAGGAGCUGGCUUUGGACAAAUCACACCUACCGCUUCGCAGUAUGUCAAUGGUCCUGUCAGCGUAUCGCAGCGAGAAAGUGCGGGCUCACCUGUGCAACCAUCUCCGCCUCAAAGUCGCUAUGCCCCUCAGGAAUAUAUCAAUGAAUUUGCCCAGCGUCUCGCGCCGGCUCCAGAAUCUGCUCCAGCUCCCGCGACGAAUGUGUACGUGCCUCCACCACCUAACGAUAUCCAGAUGGGUCCACUUCGCAGGUCUCAGACCCAGUCACCUGCCCGGGACUUGACGAGCCCGCGCUCCUACGGGCAAAACAUUGAUACGCUCCAACGACCGGCUUCGGUGCAAGUUUCGGGCUCGCCGACUAAAACGGUCAAUCCGUAUGCUCCUGUGCAGGUCGUUUCUCAAGCCCGGGCUCCCACGCAGCACCUGGAAUUUAUUGCUCCCAAUGAUGGACAUGAGCAUGAUUCCCUAGGGCGAUGGAAGGGCGCUCCGAUCUUCAAGUUCGGUUUCGGCGGAGCCGUGGUGUCUUGUUUCCCUAGGCACGUUCCUCGCUAUUCCGCUGGACAAGUGGCGCCAAUGAUUCAACCCACCCUUGGUGAACCGAAAAUUUCCCAGCUGAGCGAAUGGCUGCCCUCCCCUGAUAGCAUUAUCCAGCAUCCUGGGCCCCUCAAAGCAAAGUCAAAGAAGAAGGACUUGCUUGCUUGGCUUUCUAGCAAGAUUGCGGCAUUCGAAAAUUCAAACCUGCCAAGUUACGAACAAGUCCAGUCUGAUGCACACAAACGCCGGGAGGAAAAAACCCUCCUCUGGAAGGUUGUCAAGCUUCUGGUGGAGAAUGACGGUAACCUGGAAAGUUCCUCUGAAAUCCAAAAGUCUCUCCGCCAGAUCAUCUUCCCCAACCUACCGAACCCGGAUGCAGAGGGAUCAUACACCAGCGGCUUAGCUGCCUCAGGAGGAUUUGCCCCGUCGGAAAUGCCUGCCCAGCCCGAUGCUGUUGAUGCGCAGUGGUUGGAGGAGCUUCGCCUAUACUUGAUCUGUGGUGAUCGGGAGAAGGCCGUCUGGAGCGCUGUCGAUCGUCGUCUUUGGGGACAUGCGAUGAUCAUCUCAUCCACCAUGGACAGGUCAAUUUCAAAACAGGUGGUGCAGGAGUUUGUCCGCCGCGAGGUCAGAUCCAAAUCCGCCAACACCGACUCACUUGCAGCCCUCUACGAGAUAUUCGCUGGAAAUAUUGAAGAGAGCAUUGACGAACUCGUUCCCCGUCUGCCCGAGCAGGCCGAUGGCCAGGGUUCUACUAAGAAUGCUCUCGAGGGUUUAGACAAGUGGAAGGAUACCUUGGGUCUGGUUUUGAGUAACCGAAGUUCCGAGGAUCAUCAAGCCCUGUUUUCCCUUGGUCACCUGCUUACUUCUUAUGGACGGACAGAGGCUGCUCACGUCUGUUACAUCUUCUCGCGUGCUGCCGUUUUUGGUGGCCCCGAUGAUCCAAACGCCAAGAUCGCUCUCCUUGGUGCUGACCAUCAGCGUUGCCCUUCUUCCUUAGUGGAUCAAGAUGCUAUCCUGCUGACUGAAGCUUAUGAAUUUGCUACGUCUGUUCUCGGCAACUCUCCAACAGCCCAUAUGCCACAUCUGUUGGCUUUUAAGAUCCUGAACGCCAGGUGCCUCGUAGACAAUGGUCGCAACCUGGAGGCGCAAGGCUAUUGCGACGCAGUGGCAGCGGCAUUGAAAGCAACCACUCGUCCCUCGCCGUACUAUCACCAACACCUCUUUGCGGAAGUUGAAGAGCUGUCUGCACGUCUGCGUCAGACAACCAGCGACAGUGGCUCUUGGAUCUCGAGGCCAAGCAUGGAGAAGGUCUCGGGGUCUAUGUGGGCUCGCUUCAAUAGCUUCGUGGUAGGUGAUGAUAGUGAUGCUGCAUCAACUGGGUCCGGUAAGGGUGGCGAGAAUGCGGAAUUUGGACCUUUCGCAAACGUGGCUGGUACACCAACGAUUAGCCGCCCACCGUCUGUAUCUGACGUCUACGGUUCUUAUCCUGGAGCAGCGACAGGAGCGCAGCCUAUUCCUAUCAGCGGCGCGUCCAAGUAUCACCCAUCCAGCCAACAUGCGCCCAAUGGCUCACCUGAGCAGUUCAAGGGCCGGUCUUCGAUGGAUUCUCAGAGAUCUGCUUCCUACUUCCCGCCCGUUGGACAACGUCGAAGCUCACAAGAACUCUCGCCCUCGAUUGAUCAACACAUGUCCUAUGGAGCUCCAAUGUAUGGGUCGCCAAACGCGGGUGGGUAUCAACAAACGCCACCGCAUUCGUCUUAUGUUCCUCUUGCUCCGGUAGAAGAGGCUAUGUCACCCGCUGAAGCCCCUCCAGCUGCACAGCCCAUGGUGAACGGUCUCUUUUACCAGCCUCCAGGACAGGCCGCUACAUCCAGCGAAUCCCCCUAUUACCAAGGCCCUCCUGGUAUGCCAGCUGGUGUACCGGACUCUGAAUCACCCUACGCACCUCCAGUUCCCAGCUCGUCUUACGAGCCUGUUUCUUAUGAGCCGGUUGCAGCUGCUGUAGACACGGGGUAUGUAGCCCAGGAGGAGGAUCUGCCAUCUACCGAAGAACAGCCAAAGAAGAAGUCAAUAAUGGACGACGACGACGAUCUUGCUGCUCGGGCAGCGGCUAUCCAAAAAGCGGAGAAUGAUCGCAAGGCAAAUGAAGCGUUCGCGAAAGCCGCCGAGGAAGAUGCUAAGAAGGACGCCCAGCAACCUGCCAAGAAGGGUUGGUUUGGUGGGUGGUUCGGCGGAGCUAAGAAAGAGGAAAACAAUUCCGGUGGUGGUCCUAUCCGAGCUAAACUUGGUGAAGAGAGCUCCUUUUACUACGACAAGGAUCUGAAGAAAUGGGUCAACAAGAAAGACCCUGGUAGUAGCGCGCCGGUCCAAGCCACCCCGCCUCCUCCUCGAGGAUCAGCUCCUCCCAGCCGCACUGCUAGCUCUGGUAGCAUGCCACCAAACGGUGCAUCUCCGAUGCCCCCAAUGUCGGUCUCUGGCAGCCGGCCUCCAUCGUCCUCAGCCGCAGCCCCGCCGUUGUUAUCCUCCAGCCCAGGCUUCUCUGGUAUUGCGCCUCGGUCUGUUUCUACGGGAGCGGCUAUGCCGACACCACCUGGUAGUUCCAGCGGCCCGCCGCCGCGACCUUCUUCGUCUUUGACUCAUGCCAGCUCAAUCGAUGAUUUGAUUGGUGCGCCCCAGGCGCGCAAGGGCAACACGGUUCGCGGCAAGAAGAAGGGCCGUUACGUUGACGUGAUGGCCCAGUAA